AUGGCGGCGGCGGCGGGCGCCCCUUCGCCGGGUUCAGCGCAGCAGCCUCCGCCGCCGCCGCCCGAGGAGUCGUCGGACAGCGAGCCCGAGGCGGAGCCCGGCUCUCCGCAGAAACUCAUCCGCAAGGUGUCCACGUCGGGCCAGAUCCGCCAGAAGACCGUCAUCAAAGAGGGGAUGCUGACCAAACAGAACAAUUCAUUCCAACGAUCGAAAAGGAGAUACUUCAAGCUGCGAGGUCGAACACUGUACUAUGCGAAGACUGCAAAGUCAAUCAUAUUUGAUGAAGUAGACCUGACAGAUGCCAGCGUGGCUGAAUCCAGCACCAAAAAUGUCAACAACAGUUUUACGGUUAUCACUCCAUGUAGGAAACUCAUCCUAUGUGCUGACAAUAGAAAAGAAAUGGAAGAUUGGAUCGCAGCGCUGAAGACUGUCCAGAACAGGGAGCAUUUUGAGCCGACCCAGUACAGCAUGGACCACUUCUCAGGGAUGCACAAUUGGUACGCCUGUUCCCACGCGAGGCCGACCUAUUGCAACGUGUGCCGCGAGGCUCUGUCUGGGGUCACGUCCCAUGGACUGUCCUGUGAAGUGUGCAAGUUCAAGGCCCACAAACGGUGUGCUGUGCGUGCAACCAAUAACUGCAAAUGGACCACACUGGCCUCCAUCGGGAAGGACAUCAUUGAGGAUGAGGACGGGAUCGCCAUGCCUCACCAGUGGUUGGAAGGAAAUCUGCCUGUGAGUGCCAAGUGCACGGUGUGUGACAAGACCUGUGGCAGCGUGCUGCGGCUGCAGGACUGGCGCUGCCUGUGGUGCAAGGCCAUGGUACACACGGCGUGUAAGGAAUCCUUAGUGACCAAGUGCCCACUGGGCCUGUGUAAAGUGUCAGUCAUCCCUCCCACAGCUCUCAACAGCAUCGAUUCCGAUGGCUUCUGGAAGGCCACAUGUCCUCCGUCCUGCACAAGCCCCUUGUUAGUCUUUGUUAAUUCAAAAAGUGGGGACAACCAGGGCGUGAAGUUCCUCAGAAGAUUCAAACAGCUGCUGAACCCUGCCCAGGUUUUUGACCUUAUGAAUGGAGGGCCACACCUUGGCUUACGCUUAUUCCAGAAGUUUGACACAUUCCGGAUUCUGGUUUGUGGUGGGGACGGCAGUGUUGGCUGGGUCCUUUCUGAAAUUGACAGCCUCAAUCUUCACAAACAGUGUCAGCUGGGAGUGCUGCCCCUGGGCACAGGGAACGACCUGGCUCGUGUGUUGGGCUGGGGCUCAGCCUGUGAUGAUGACACCCAGCUCCCUCAGAUCCUGGAGAAGCUGGAAAGAGCCAGCACCAAGAUGCUGGACAGGUGGAGUGUCAUGGCGUACGAGACUAAACUGCCCCGGCAGGCCUCCUCUUCUACCGUCGUCACUGAGGACUUCAGCGAGGGUUCCGAGGUGCAGCAAAUUCUCUUCUAUGAAGAUUCGGUUGCGGCCCAUCUUUCUAAAAUCCUGACUUCUGACCAGCACUCGGUGGUGAUCUCAUCGGCAAAAGUGCUCUGUGAGACGGUGAAGGACUUUGUGGCUCGAGUGGGAAAGGCCUAUGAGAAGACGACUGAGAGCUCGGAGGAGUCUGAGGUCAUGGCCAAGAAGUGCUCUGUCCUGAAAGAGAAGUUGGAUUCUCUUCUCAAGACCUUGGACGAUGAGUCCCAGGCCUCGUCCUCUCUGCCCACCCCACCACCCACCAUUGCUGAGGAGGCAGAAGAUGGAGACGGAACGGGCAGCAGCUGUGGGUCAACUGUGGACCGCUCGAUGGGGUCAGCAUGUCCAACCCGGCCACAGAUAUUCAGGCCUCGGGAACAGCUCAUGCUGAGAGCCAAUAGCCUGAAGAAGGCGAUUCGUCAGAUCAUAGAACACACAGAAAAAGCUGUCGAUGAGCAGAAUGCCCAGACCCAAGAGCAGGAGAUGAUCGUCUUAGGUCUCUCUGAGUCAGAGGAGAAAAAGGACCUGAAGUCAGAGGACACGGUGUGCCACAGUGAGAGCUGCGGGGUUGCCAAGCAUAGAAGCCUCCGAAAAGUUUCCAAGUCCCCAUGUGAGAAGCUGAUCAGCAAAGGGAGUUCGGCCUCUCUUCCUCCCCAGUCAGGAAACCGGGAUGGCCUCCCAGCGCUGAACACAAAGAUCCUCUUCCCGAAUGUUCGUGCGGGGAUGUCUGGUUCCUUGCCUGGCGGUUCAGUUAUCAGUCGCUUGUUAAUUAAUGCUGAUCCCUUCAACUCCGAACCAGAAAACCUAGAAUAUUACACAGAAAAAUGUGUCAUGAACAAUUACUUUGGCAUUGGCCUGGAUGCGAAGAUAUCUCUGGACUUCAACAACAAGCGUGAUGAGCACCCGGAGAAGUGCAGGAGCCGAACCAAGAACAUGAUGUGGUAUGGGGUGCUUGGCACCAAAGAGCUGCUGCACAGGACCUACAAGAACCUGGAGCAAAAGGUCCUGCUGGAGUGUGAUGGGCGGCCCAUCCCGCUCCCCAGUCUCCAAGGAAUUGCUGUCCUCAAUAUUCCCAGCUAUGCCGGAGGGACCAACUUCUGGGGAGGCACCAAGGAAGAUGAUACUUUUGCAGCUCCGUCCUUUGAUGAUAAGAUCUUGGAGGUGGUAGCUGUGUUUGGCAGUAUGCAGAUGGCUGUCUCUCGGGUCAUUAAGUUGCAGCAUCACCGGAUUGCCCAGUGUCGCACGGUGAAGAUUUCCAUCCUGGGCGAGGAGGGCGUGCCUGUGCAGGUGGACGGAGAGGCCUGGGUCCAACCUCCCGGAUACAUUCGGAUUAUUCACAAGAACCGGGCCCAGAUGCUCACCCGAGACAGGGCAUUUGAGAACACGCUGAAGUCCUGGGAAGACAAGCAGAAGUGUGAACUGCCUCGCCCGCCAUCUUUCUCCCUGCACCUGGGGAUCCUGUCUGAGGAAGAGGCCACCCAGAUGGACCAGUUUGGGCAGGCGGCGGGAGCCCUUAUCCACAGCAUCCGAGAGAUAGCUCAGUCCCAUAGAGACAUGGAGCAGGAACUUGCCCACGCCGUCAACGCCAGCUCCAAGUCCAUGGACCGUGUGUACAGCAAGCCCAGAGCCACGGAGGGGCUGAACUGCAGCUUUGUCCUGGAGAUGGUGAACAACAUGAAGGCCCUGCGCAGCGAGACAGAGCUGCUGCUCUCCGGGAAGAUGGCCCUGCAGCUGGACCCCCCUCAGAAGGAGCGGCUGGGGGCUGCUCUCGCCGAGAUGGACCGGCAGCUCAGGAAGCUGGUGGACACCCCCUGGCUGUGCCAGCCCCUGGAGCCCAGUGAUGAAGAGAACGUGAUGGAUCUUACCAAACGCAGCCGCAGCGGGAAAUUCCGCCUGGUGACCAAGUUUAAGAAGGAGAAAAACAGCAAGAACAGAGAUGCCCACAGCAGCCUGGGAGCUCCGGUUCACCUUUGGGGGACAGAGGAGGUUGCUGCCUGGCUGGAGCACCUCAGUCUCUGUGAGUAUAAGGACAUCUUCACUCGGCACGACAUCCGGGGCUCCGAGCUCCUGCACCUGGAGCGGAGAGACCUCAAGGACCUCGGCGUGACCAAGGUGGGCCACAUGAAGAGGAUCCUGUGCGGCAUCAAGGAGCUGAGCCGCAGCCCCCCUGCCACCGAGGCCUAG